AUGGAAAUGGAACAAUCUACCCACGAUGUCAUAAUAGUUGGAGGCGGCACAGCGGGAUGUCUCCUUGCAUCACGCCUAUCCUCUCAGUUGCCACAUCUCGAUCUUCUGUUGCUUGAGGCUGGGGAGAAUCACAAUGAAGAGCCCAAGGUGCUCACGCCGCUCAUUAGUCGCCGGAUGUUUGGUGAUCCCGCUUACGACUGGUGCUUUGAAACCACAGCGCAGCCUGGACUUGGGGGCAGGACCAUCCAGCAGACGCGCGGGCGUAUGAUUGGGGGGAGUAGUGGCAUCAAUUCGCAUAGUCUGGUGUACCCAAACAAGGCCAUGCACGACACCUGGGCGGAACUGGUAGGGAGUGAAAGCUGGUCAUGGGCAAACAUGGCAAAGUUUUACCAAGCAUUUCAGUCGGAGCAACCCCCUUCCGAAGCCACGGAAAGCACAGACACGACCCCCAAGAUCCAGGCGUCGUAUCCGACUACCAUGAACAGUCUUCAACGGGCUUGGGAAGAUGUAUUUAAUGAUUUGGGAGCAGCAUCGCAAAAGUCAGGCGUCUCGGGGGAAGCAAUCGGAGGCGUAACAACAACGAAUGCAAUCGAUAGGUCAGGUGGAAAAGGUAGAAGAAGCUUUGCGGGCAACACAUUCUUGAACUCGGCGACUAUCAAGAAGAACUUGCAAAUUGAAUCCAGUGCGACGGUAGUGAAAAUGGUUUUGGAGGACUCGUCAAAUAGCAACUUCAUCAAGAGGGUUGGCGGAGUAGUGUACGAGAGACAAGGAAGAAGCAUUUUUGCAAAGGCUAGAAAAGAGGUAAUCUUGUGUGCAGGAGUGUUUGGAAGCCCUCAGAUCCUGGAACUGUCAGGAAUAGGGAACCCCCGCGUUCUAGAGACAGUAGGUGUGCAUUGCACUGUCAAUUUGCCAGAAGUCGGCGAGAAUCUCCAAGAUCACAUCAAUUUUGGCCCAAGCAUCGAGGUCGAGCCUACCAUAGAGACAAUGGAUGUCUAUGCUAGAGAUCCUGCAGUUCUUCUCGCCCACAGCAACGAGUAUCAAGAGCAUCAGACAGGCCCACUAUCCGAGGGGGCAGCUUACAGUUUUGCGUACUGGCCACUUCAGCUAUUCAACUCCAAAUCUGACCAAGAUGAAUUACAUGCCCUUUUGGACUCAUUAGCCACCUCACCUCGGAGCAAGGGAUUGCAGCUUCAUCACGAAUUCUCCCGUCGCAUGAUAUUAGAUCCAGAGGAAGCAAGUGCCACUGUCUUCAUGACCAGGAUGCAGAGAUAUACCUUGCCUGGGCACAAAGCGCCUGGGAAUUAUAUGACCGUCGUUGCAAUGCUGGCACACCCUUUCAGCAGAGGUUCGGUUCAUAUUGCUACACCGGAGAGCAGCGACCCGCCUGUAAUUGACUGCGGGUAUCUCACCCAUCCUCUGGAUGCCGAGAUACUAGCGCUUCACGUCUCUCAGAUCGAAAGACUAGUUACGCAGCCGACAUUCGCAUCGAUCAUGAGGCCCGGUGGUCGUCGACUUCCCCCUGGAUUAGAGAGUGCACCAUCACUUUCUGAGAUCAAAGAGAGUAUCAAGACUUAUGGAGCAACCAACUACCAUCCAUGCGGAACGUGCGCAAUGAUGCGGGCUGAAUAUGGCGGUGUCGUCGACGAAGAGCUGCGAGUUAGAGGCGUGGAGAAUCUCCGUAUUUGCGAUGCUAGCAUCUUUCCAAUAAUUCCACGGGGAAAUAUCUUGACUACAGUCUACGCGGUUGCGGAGAAAGGGGCCGAAAUGCUCGUGGGACUUUACGGACCGGAGAGUCUUUCGGCUGAAAUGGUGUAA